UAGAUUUAGUCCAGUAAGUAGGUUAGCACUAGUCUGGCGUCUGUAUUUUUAAGUCCAUUUUUUGGAUAAUUAGCAAUAUGAGGUACUUGGCGUUUGGAUUAGUGGUGUUUUGCGGAUUAUUUGAAUACGGUUCUCCAAUAAUGUGCUACGAAUGUAACAGCGCCACCAACUCCCAAUGCCUCCAGAAUGUCCUCCCAGAGAACCUCAAGCGCAACUGUUCGGAGCACGAUCGCGGCGUGACGCAUACGCUGUGUCGUAAGAUUAUACAACAUGUGGACGUGGCGGUUAAUGGGCAGUUACCGGCUAGCAGGGUUAUAAGGAGCUGUGGGUGGGAUGAGACCAAAUAUAAGGGCGCCUGCUACCACCGCUCGGGCUACGGAGGCAGACAGGAGGUCUGCUCCUGCACGAAGGACCUCUGCAACGGGUCUAACGACGUCGCCUCUAUUACCGCCCUCGCACUCGCCUCGUCUCUCAUGACGAUACUCAAGCUCGCCUGCCAAUGACUUUAAUAAAGUACUCAGCAACCUCUGCCCAGUCUGCCUCAUCUCAAAAAUGCACGGAAAUCGUGCUUGGGCUGUAUAAGCCAGUGGUGGGCAAAGUACGACCCGCGGGCCAGCUACGGCCCGUGAAAAUACUACAUCUGGCCUACCGCCGCUUUGAAGUAUGCCUAUGGCCCGCGAAAUAAUGAAAAUGUAGUAUACCUAUCUCUCGCUUGAGCGUGGUGCGUAGCCAAGAUGCCAAUCGUUCGUUACCGAGCGAAUGGAG